AUGGAUUCCCCGAUUCAUUUUGGAGACUUGACCACGAAUUCUAUACAGCACCGCUUAAGCGAAGCGUAUCUAAACCCGGUCUAUGAAAGCAGUUUGAGCUCAGCCGUGUAUAAUGGGGUCAAAGUGAUACAAUUGACAGUGAAGUUGGCGGGACUUGGUGAAGACGCCGCAGCAUCCGAGUUGGACGAUGAUGAUGUUGUUGUUGUGCUAAGACGCGUUCAAGAUUCAUACAUAAACAUCACGCAACUUCUCCUGAUCUUGUCCAAGUUGAACAUACUAUCCCAGACGCAAACCAAUAAUUAUCUAACCAACAAGAUCUUGCUCAAUUCAGAUUUUGGCCAGGGUACACCCAGCAAGCGCACGCCUCAAAUCCUCGACUAUCAAAAGCACGAAAAUGCAUUUCUCCGAGGGGUCUGGGUGCCAUACGAAAUGGCUGUCAGAGCGGCCUUGAAGUUUGACCUUUACGAGUUGACAAAAGAGUUGCUUCUUGUCGACGUGCACGAUUACGAGAACCUACCCAAGUCCAAGAAGAGAAAUUUGAGCACGGAGGACAGAAUUUUGGAGGAUGAUGCGACGUCGCCAAUCAAGAAGCAGAGGUUGAGCGAUUUGACGGCGGCGGAGAUUAAGGGCACGGGCACGGGCACGGGCACGGACACAGGCACCGGCACCGGCACCAAAGAUAUCCUAAAGGAUACGGAUCCAGACCGCCUCGUUGCAAUGAACCCGCAUUUCCCGCACACGUUGCCCCCCGUUGUUCUCAACGAGAAUCAGUUGAAGUUGAGGAAUGCCGCAAAAGGCUUGUACGGGCGGAUCUUCAAAAAAGACGAAGAGCAAUCAUCUGUUUCUGAGGAAGAGAUCAAGAAUGAAGUAUCUCCAAUCCUCCAAGACCACCAGCUAAGCGAGCUUGAGGACAUCCCCUUGGAUCAGAAGGGGCAAACCGCGUUGCAUUUUGCGUCCACCUUGGCAUCGUCGCCCCUCGUGUCUGCAUUCAUCACGUUGGGCCUCACGUCGCCAAUCCGUGGAGACAACUGGGGCGAGUCUCCUUUAAUUUCGUGCAUCAAAGUUACCAACGCGAUGGAAAACGGCAACUUUGCAGAGCUAUUGCGGUGCUGGCUUCACCCAAACAUUUGGCUAGUUGAUAACCGAAAUCGCACUGUUUUGCACCAUUUGGCAAUGCAAAUUGGCAUAAGCGAGAGCUACAAGCAUUACGUGUCCAUUAUAGUAGAGUACAUCUUGAGCCGUGACGACCGGAUCUUUGGCAAAUUCAAGGAGUCGAUCUUGGAUGCGAAGGACGACGACGGUCUCACUGCCUUGCAUAUUGCGGUAGAAAAAGAAGAUAAAUGGUUUAUCAAGUUGUUGAUGGAAAUGGGGGCGAAUGCGCGCAUCUCCAACAAACAUAAUGUAAAGUGUGAGGACUUUGAAAUAUUGAACGAGGUGAGCGAGCUACGCUUUGGAGAUCGCAUUUUCGACGUUAUUGGAACGAAUAGGGAAUUUUUGGCGGAAAAGGUUGCAAUCAAUGGGGGCGAGUUGCCCAGUGUUGUCAAUUCGAAAGCACUCGAGAUUGAUCUUCCUCGACCAGGCGUGGAGGCUAUCGAGGCCUCCUCAGAUACAGCCUCUCAUAAGAUUUUUGAAAGCAUCCACAAGUUGUUGUCAGACACAGGUCUGGCCUAUGCUGGCAUAUUAAACUCCAAACAAGAGCAGAUCAAGCUCUUGGACCAGGCCUUGCACGAUGCAACCAUUGUCACGGUAAACAAUAGAUUCCAAAGUAGAAAGUUGACUGAGAAUUUAGUGACCUUGGAUAACCUCAAGCUUCAAGCUGCCAAUGUUUCCGACAAGCUAACAAUCUCCAAGCAAGAAAUUGCCGAUGAUGAAUUGCAAUUUGAGGAAAACCAGCAAUACGACGCAGACGAGCCCUUUUUGAUUAAAUCCUUGUAUCAGAGAGUGACCAAUGGCGAAUCGAUAGAUGAUCUCAAAGGUGAUGAAGCACUCGUCAAGCAGCUACAGCCUGUCAAUAUUCUCAAAGCUAGAAUAAAUGCCUAUAAACGCAUGAAUGAAAGCUUGGAAAACGAGUUGCAAAAUUUGAUUGACUAUAAAGAUCUAACCUCCAAGUUUAAAAAUGUGGUGAGCACUUGCACAAAUGUAGGAGUCAACGACGUCGAUGAGUUAUUGGACGGACUAUUAGAGGCAGUCGAAGUGCAGCAGUAA